CUUUUUCUUCUUUUCUUCAGUAUUCCUUGAGAACAUGGAGAAUAAUGAUUCGUUUACAGAAGGUCAACUUCUGCAAGCACAAACACUAAAGGACUUUGUACCUGAUCUUCGGAACCUUGGACGACAUCAAGAUGGGUUUGCGACGGAAUUAGGCAGUAGCGAUGCGGACAAAAUCAAGCAAGCGAUCGAAGCAGCGCAACGAAAGCCAGUAACACUUGAAAAAAAGCGGUCGGUGAAUCGACCUGUAGUUCAUACCAUUGCAGGAUAUCGCGUCAGUCAUCCUUUAAGGGACGAUGCGCGCAUUGGUUGGACUGCCUUCUCUGACGCCAUCAAUCCAGGCGGGUCGUUGCAUAUUGCUGCUACCGAAAAGAAAAAGUCGGAUGAAGUCAUUGUAUUGUGGCAUGAAAAUUGGCAGGAUUAUGGUGUCAUUUUUAUUGUGGGUGUUGGGUUUUGGGUCAUGGCCAAAUGGAAUGGUAGCAUGGGUAUUCUUGUAUGUUGUCUCUUGUUUGUAGGAUCCUAUUAUAAACUGAGCUUGAGCCGAUUAUCCGUUAAUGCGACGGAUGAUAUCAAGCGGGAAUUUGCACAUAUCGCAUUAGAAUCAUCAGAUUUUGAACGAGUGGAAUGGCUAAACAACUUUGUCGGUAAAUUUUGGUUGAUCUUUGAACCUGUCUUGAGCGCUUAUGUGAUUGAUAACAUCGAUACCUAUCUCGUGGAUUAUUUACCCGGAUUUCUGGAUUCAGUACGAUUGACUACCUUUACACUGGGAUCCAAGGCAUUCCGUGUCGACAGUGUAAAAUCUUUCACCAAUGUAGGCCCAGACACCGUGUGCAUGGAUUGGUCUGUUUCUUUUACGCCAAAUGAUCCGUACGGCAUGACUCAAGAUCAAUUGGAUUCGCAAGUGAGUCCCAAAGUGGUGCUAAACAUUCGACUUGGCAAAGGAUUCGUAGGCACUGCUUUUCCCGUGCUUGUGGAAGAUAUGAGUUUUCAGGGACGCAUGCGUGUCAAAAUACAGUUCAUGAGUAAAAUGCCUCAUGUCAAGAUUAUCGAAGCUUGUUUUAUGGAGAAACCUAAAUUUGACUAUGUCCUUAAACCUCUGGGAGGUGAAACCUUUGGAUUUGAUGUGAAUAACAUCCCCGGGCUUCAGAGUUUUGUUAGGGAUCAAGCACAUGCCAUCUUGGGGCCCAUGCUCUACUAUCCUAAUGUAUUUUCGUUUGAUAUGGAAAAGUUCUUUUCUGGUGAAAUGGAUAUCAAUCAGGCGAAUGGAGUGCUGGCUAUCACCGUUCAUUCCUGCACGCAAAUCAAAUCAUCCGACACCAAUCUCAACACAUUCAUUCGAUUCUAUUUAGAUGAAGCUCAAGAGCUUGAAAAGACCGCCAUUUGCGAAAAUUCACAUACACCGCACUGGAACGAAACAAGAUUUAUCUUGCUCAACAAUUUAAAUUCGAUUCUGACAAUGGAACUUCGUACUACCAACCAUACUAAAAAGUCCGGCAAACGUUUGGCAAGAGCCCAUUUUGAUUUAAAGGACAUGAAGUAUGAUGAUGACAUGGAGUUGGAUGAUUUAGAGUUACCAAUGCAACGUCAUGGUAAAUUUAUUACCAAUUUGCUAGCAGACAUGAAAUACUUUCCUGUGUCUAAACCUAUCAAGAAUGAAGAUGGCACAGUUAUUGAAGCCGCACCUUCCAACUCUGGUGUGCUUCGUGUGACCAUCCACGAAUGUAAAAAUCUUGGUCCUAACAACAAAAUGAACCCCUUUGCCACCAUUAAAAUCAACGGCAUUGAUCGUUUCGAGACACCGACAUUUAAGCGCACCCCAAAUCCUAAAUUUGAACGAUCCUUCGAGAUCCUUGUAUUGGAUCGAACUGAGGUCUUUCUUCGUGUGGGGGUGACAGACCGGAUUAAUUUUGCGGGCGAUGCUUCUUUGGGAGCAUGGGAUGGAUACCUCGUCGACAUCAUGCGUGAUCAAGAAGAAAAUGAAUACUGGUGGACCUUGAAAAAGAAGGGACAAAAUACAAGUGCACGUUUAAAACUUAGUGUGCAAUGGAAACCCGUGGUCAUGGACGGUUUAGCCAAGAUGGGUGGUGUUGGUAUUUAUACUCCUCCCAUUGGUGUCAUUCGAUUCUCUAUUUGGUCAGCUGUGGGACUUGUAGGCAGCAAUAAACAAGACCCUUAUGUUCGCAUCAAAUCGAGUCGUCAACAAAUCCGUGCAAAGACCGAGGUUCUGGAUAACACCGAUUGUCCCGAAUGGGGAGAAUAUCAUUAUGUGCCCGUGCACUCUAUGCAUGAAGAUCUUGUUUUGGAAGUGAUGGACUGGAGUUCUGGAUCCAAGGAUAAAUCUUUGGGAUCCACCAUGCUUCAUUUAAAGGACGUUGUUCUGCAAAAGAAAGACGGUGAUACUGUCUGGUAUGAGGCUGCAGUCCCCAAAUGGGACGUUUCAGCACCUCUCUCCACAGGCAAUAUUCAAAAGGGUCAUCUCAAGUAUUCAGCCGAGUUCUAUCCUACCAUGGCUUUGCCCGAGUCUGAAGUCAAACCACUCUAUGAUCUUCAUCAUGUGCCUAUUCGAUACACACCCGAUGAUUUAGUUGACCUUUCUUCUUAUAGUACGGGUGUACUCACAGUCAAGAUCCAUGAGAUUAAGGCAUCCCAAGUGUACGAUUGCUAUUGUCAAUUGAUGGUGGAUUCUCUCAGUGCGCAACACAAGACGAAUCAGGUCAAGGGUCGAAUUUUGGCCAUCAAUGAGACAUCGGAUGCGUUUAUCAAGGAUGCAGGAUUUUCGCGUGUGGCAAUUGAAGUCAAGCCUGUAAAGACAACGGAUAAGGAUGAUGAACGUUUAGCUUAUUGGUAUGAAAGUAGUGAACGGAUCAUUCGCAAGAUUCAAAAGAGAGCGAGAGAGAUGAAUGGACAGGAGGAAGAGGGAGAAGAUGAAGGAGAAUGGUAUAACUUGAUUAAUCCAGUAGGAGGAUCUGCCAAGAUUCGACUUAGCUUUUCCUAUGUACCUUUGUUAAACUAUAAAGUCAAUCCUGAUGAAAGCCUUGAAAAUCAAGGUAAUUUAACUGUCACUUUACUCAAUGCCAAACAUUUAAAACCUGUGGAUAAAUCGGGUACAAGUGAUCCAUUUGUGAAAUUUGUGAUUAAUGGUGAACUUGUCCACAAGAGUGGUGUUAUCAAAAAGAGUCUUAAUCCAGUGUGGAAAGAUGAAAAAUUUGAUGUUCCCAUCAUGUCUCGUGUUACAGCCAGUUUUAGAAUAGAAGUAUUUGACUGGAACAAAAUUACCGGAGACGUUCCGCUCGGUUCGGGUGGGCUUACACUGAGAGGCGAUAUGGUAGAGAGUUUCAUGGCCCAGGAAUGCGACAUACCCCUGGAUGGCGUGGAAGGAGUCAUGGGUUCGACUGUACGAGUCAGACUCAAAUGGGAACCCCAGUUAUUGCAACACAGAAGAACACAUACCACAUUUAUGGGAACCACUCGUAAAAUGACCACUAAAAUGGGUACGACUGCAUUUAACUGGAGUCUGCCCCCAAAAGAUACCUCAUCAUCACCAUCAUCGGUAUCGGGAGAGAAUAACAAAUUUAGUGUCAGAAGCAUCCAAUCAAAAGUGUCGGAUAUCGCAUCUUCUGUGAGAUCUACAGAACAACCGCCACCACCAACUAAACAAGAAUUACCGGUAAAAGGUGUGCUCACUGUACGCAUUAUCGAGGCGAGAGGGUUACCAGGCCAGGCGGAUAAACUUCAUCCACAGGUUUCAGUUCAUCUUGGCAACCAGCAUGUCUUGAAAACAAGAAAGCUCAAAAAGACGGCCAGUCCUAGCUGGGAUGAGAGUUUUUCACACGAAGUCAUGUCUGGACAAGAGAUCGAUCUGGAGAUUCGAGUCAAGGAUGCACACACAUUCCAUUCUACUGAUCUUGGGUUAUGGACAAGUUCUUUAUGGGAUCUAAUUCGACCACCGUUGGUAAACUCGUUAGACAAGUGGUUGCCUUUAGAACCAGAAGGAAGCGGUCAAAUCCAUGUCAAGUUGGACUAUCAAUAAAAAGGCGGUUUUUUAAAAAUAAAAAAUAAGUCCUUAUGACAUUAAAAAAAAAAAAA